AUGGCGACCGUUCUCCCGCCUGUGGAGCGACUCAGCCCGGCCUGCAUCCGUAUUCUUGGGGGCAACCCAGGCAAGUUCACGCUGCAAGGAACCAACACGUACCUCGUCGGUACCGGCAGCCGACGCAUCCUCAUCGACACGGGAGAAGGGCGUCCGGCCUGGCUGGAGUCGCUUCAGGCGACGCUCGAGGAGGAGCAAGCGACGAUCGAGACGGCGCUCAUCUCCCACUGGCACGGUGAUCACAGCGGAGGGAUUGAUCAGCUACGCAGCAUCAUGCCCGGCGCGGCCGUGUACAAGAUGGAUCCGAAGCCUGGACAGCUGGCGAUCGAGGAUGGCCAGACUUUCCGUACCGAAGGGGCCACCCUCAGGGCCUUGCACACACCCGGCCACACGGCGGACCAUAUGGUCUUCGUCAUGGAAGAGGAGGACGCCAUGUUCACGGCCGACAACGUCCUAGGCCAAGGCACCGCCGUCUUCGAGGACAUGGUCGCCUACCUCGCCAGCCUCGGCAAGAUGCGAAGCCAGUUCUCAGGCCGGGCCUAUCCCGGACACGGACCCGUCGUCGACGACGGACCCUGCCGCAUCUCCGAGUAUAUAGCACACAGGAGGGAGAGGGAGAGGCAAGUGCUUGAGGCCGUGGCCGCGGGAGAAAGGGCGGUGACGGCCAUGGACGUGGUCCAGGUGCUGUACCGGGACGUGCCCAAAGAGCUGCACCCAGCCGCCUGCGGAGGCGUGCUGCAGAUACUGAACAAACUGGAACGGGAAGGGCGGGUGCGUCAGGAGGGCGCAGAGGAGUGGCGCCUCGCCUCGGCCAAAUCGGGGGUCCUCUAA